ACUACUGUCAAUAAUCAGCUGUAAACUGUAAUGGUUUUAAAAUGCUGAAUUCAAAACAAUCCUUUCAAGAAUGAAAAAAAUUAGCAUAUAUGUGUUUGUUUCAUUAAUUUUAGCAUGUAGUUACAUUAUCGGCAUUUUAAAGUUUUUGUCUGAAAAUGAAGAGGAUAGAUGUGAAAUGACAUAUAUGUUUGAGUAUCCUCAGUAUGUGAAAAUUUCAAACAAAGCUGAUAAAGAAUUUAGGAAAUAUGGAUUGUACGCUUAUAGUGAAGGUAGACUCACUGAAAGAACGCGAAAUAUGUAUUUUGAUGGAAUACCGGUACUUUUUAUACCGGGAAAUGCGGGAUCGCAUAAACAAGUUCGCUCUCUAUCCUCGGUAGCAUUAAGAAAAUGGCUGAAUUCAAGGACAUCUUACCAUUUCGACUAUUUUGCAGUUGAUUUAAAUGAGGAAUAUAGUGGCCUGUAUGGCCCUUUACUUUUUGACCAGUUGCGUUAUGUUAAUGCUUCACUACAUAGAGUUUUAGAGUUAUAUGAAGACAGGCAGCAACCUCCUGAAUCUGUGGUUGUAGUUGGACAUUCCAUGGGUGGAAUUAUUGCAAUGAAACUGCUCUCUGAACUAGAACAACCCGAACUUAUAUCUGUAUUAAUUACCUUGGCAUCUCCAUUGAAAAGACCAGCAUUGAGCUUAGACUAUCACAUGAACAAAUUCUAUGAAGGAAUAUUUGACGAGGAUUUUAGUAAAACCACUGUUGUCAGUUUAGAAGGAGGAUAUAAGGAUAUUUUAAUGCAUCCACAUUUUACUAAAAGAGAAAAUAACGAUAUAAUCCACGUUUCAACAUCACACAUUCCAAUGUCUUGGACUGAGAGCAAUCAUGUACAAAUACUGUGGUGUAAACAGGUUGUUAUGGCUCUGAAUAGAGCUUUAUUUGAUAGUGUUAAUAUGAAAACACGACUGAUUUCAACAAAUGCCACAUAUCGUAAACAUGCAUUCAAACAUCAUCUCAUCAAGAAUAGUGGAACAAAAGUUAAAGACCGCGAACAGUAUUCUAAAUUGGUCACCAUUAAUACAAAAGGCAAAUGGAUAGAUGAUAUACGUAAAACGUAUUCGAUAGACCACGCACGCGGACUCAACGAACCUCACUGGAAUAUGGUCGCGCUAUCUGACCUUCCUGGUUACGAGAUUUUGUCUGUAUUGGCAGUUAACUUGGAAGUUACUGAUUGGAUCUUCGCAUGCAAUGCUUACUAUAUCAAACAAACUUCUCGAGCUUGUGUCCAGUCUUCUUUGUUUGGUGUUCUCGGACAACUAGCUAGGACGUACACACCAUUGUUGAUAACCAACCUGGCUGUAAUAGCUUUGAUGUCUUUAAGACAUCAACUAAUAACUUUGGAGAACGGAUAUUGCUCAAUUAUAUUUACUGCUAUUCAAGAAGGCGCCAAACCUUACUACGUAUUUUGUGCUUACGUACUGUUGACCCGUUUAUUAAGUAUUCCCUUUUUGCCUGAUAUUCUGCUCAAACCGGACCAUAUACAUCUGGUAGGCGAUGGUGUAGAUUUUUUCCUGGUACCGUUGUUUCUUUACACAUGCAGUGUUGGAUUUUUCUGGAUACUGAUCGUGUUUUUCAGCGUUUCUUUAAUUGCCAUGGAAUCUACAGUACACAAACUUUCAUUAAAGUUGUUGGCUCGGAGUGUUAGUUUCAAUAUGGCUUGGUCCGACUACCUUAUGAGCUAUUUACAUAAGUUAACACAGAUGUCCCAAGACUUUGUGGAAGAAAUCGUAUGGUUUAUAGGAAAGAAGAUAGCUAGAGGAAUCAAAAGAUUCUUUAGUCGAAAGAAGAAUAAACCAGAGAAUCAAAUAGUAGCAAUAACACCAAUAGAAGAUACCAAUAAACAUAUAUCAGUACAGCAUAACAUCAAACAAAUAACAGGAGCUCAAGGAAAUGAAUCCGAAGAAGACGUUACGGAAGACGAUACAGAAAAACAUUUAGAAUCAGAAGAAACCGAAGAAACUGAUAUAGAUGCCUUAGAAUCAGAUAUGAUAGACAAUAGUGUGGAAACCGAUGACCAAAAACACAAAAUUGUACAAGCCCAGUGUGAAUUAAAAGACAAAGAGACAGAAACUAACCCAGAGAUUGGAGUUCAAGUGAAACUUGAAGAAAACGACGGGUUUUCUAAAGAUGCAGCUACAAGUAAAUCGGAAAAUGCGUUUACAGAAGAAAAUGCAAUUAAAAAAUACCAUUUAAAAGAAAAACCAGUACAAAAUAUGAGUGAUGGUGAUAUAACCAAAGAUUUAAAUCUAAAUCAAAGUUCAAAUAGUAAUGAGACUGAAGAAAAAACUAAUGUAGAUAGUCAAUUAUUACAGAUAAGUGCAGGAAGUGCCGGUAAACACGAAACCAGUGCCAAUGAAGUUAAAGAUAGAUCGAAAGAUGAGAGAACCGGAGAUCCCGAACUCUCGUCGGCGUAUAAUGCCAUAUUUUUCCACUCGACUUUAUUCUUUUUGUGGUGUAUUAUCACGGUUAUCAACGUGCCUGCAGUUUUAACGUGGGCUCACAAUUUCAAGUAUAAUACGGUUCUGGAAGCUGAUGAUUCCUUUAUACCAGGGUUUACAUUAAGUAUUUGUUCCUUAAUUUUAUGGCAAUUUGAGUUACCCAGAACUAACAGGUAA